UUUUCACAACACCUUCUGGGACUUUUCCUCAUCGACUCUUUGGAGUCCAUUCUCAUGCUUCAUCCGCUCCCCUCCUUCCCUUCCACCGGCACCCCGCCCCCUUGCUCCCCCAAUAAAGAUCAGAGACGUUCGAUUUCUUCGGCUUGGAAUGGCGGCGAAGGGCGUUCUUAACAGCUUCAUCAUGGCAGCACCGCCGUCUUCUUUCAUGGAAGCCCCUUCCGAUCGGCUUUUCCUCAUGGGCCAACCCCUCAGGCACUCGUCUCCUAAUAUCUCAGGAAAAGAAGCUGUACAAAAGCAUUGUGUUAUUAUAUCAAGAAGGUUAUCUGGGUUGGAGGAGGCCAUGCGAAUUCAGAGGUCACGGGAGCUUCAAAGCUCAGUAAAAUUAAGAAAGAGACCACCAUUAAGGCGUGGAAAGGUCUCUGCGCGGCUUCCCGUUCCAGAACAUAUAGCCAGACCUCCUUAUGUGGGUUCAAACACGUUGCCAGAACUCUCUAAUGAAUGUCAAGUACAUGAUGAUGAUGGUAUUGCUCGCAUGAAAGCUGCCUGUGAGCUUGCUGCACGUGUUCUGGAUUUUGCAGGAACACUGGUUAGGCCAUCUGUAACAACAAAUGAAAUUGAUAAAGCAGUGCACAAGAUGAUUAUCGAUGCAGGCGCUUAUCCUUCCCCACUUGGUUAUGGAGGAUUUCCAAAAAGUGUCUGCACAUCAGUCAAUGAGUGCAUGUGCCAUGGAAUACCUGAUUCCCGCCAGCUACAGAAUGGAGACAUCAUAAACAUCGAUGUGACUGUUUAUUUGAAUGGCUACCAUGGGGACACUUCCAAAACAUUUCUAUGCGGAAAUGUUAAUGAACCUACAAAACGCCUUGUAAAGGUAACUGAAGAAUGCUUAGAAAGGGGCAUAUCUGCCUGCAAAGAUGGUGCUAGCUUUAAGAAGAUUGGCAAGAAAAUAAGUGAGUUUGCUGAAAGAUAUGGUUAUGGCGUGGUGGAACGUUUUGUUGGGCAUGGUAUUGGGACUGUAUUUCAUGCUGAGCCACUUAUCUUGCAUCAUCGAAAAAUGAAUUCAAUGGCAAAUGAUGUUAUAAUGAAAGGUAAUGAUAAAUCUGGGUGUAUGGUUGAAGGUCAAACUUUUACCAUUGAGCCCAUUCUCACAAUGGGAAGCAUUGAGUGUGUUACGUGGGAUGAUGGCUGGACAACAGUUACGGCUGAUGGCGGCCGGGCUGCACAGUUUGAGCAUACAAUAUUGAUUACAAGGACUGGUGCAGAGGUUUUGACGAAGUACUGAGGUCCGUGGAUAUUCCUCACUGGUUUCCUGCGUCUAGCAAUCUAAAAUUUUGCAAAUCUAAUUUCAUUCUUAGAAAGCUAAUGUGAGCAAACCCACUUAGAAGUUCAAUGUAAAAUUUUGUAGAGGUAUUUUUUUUGUAGUCUCUGAUCUUAUAUGAUUUUAUGUAGUAAUAACUAUAUUCGUUUCUGGAAAUCUGAACCUCCGAAUGGAUGUUUUUAUUGGACU